UACGCCACCUACUGCAAACCGAAGCUGACAGUCGGAGCAAUGCGAGCAGCAUUUCCAUUCCAACAUCGAGCUGGAGCUGAAUAGAGGUGCUUUUUAACAAGAAGCAUCCUCUCUGCAAGCUGACAAGAGCAAAGCAGGAUAGCUGUAUUGUUGUCCUAGCUUCAAUAAUGGAGAGAAAAGCAAGCAGGAGAGAAAACGAAUGCGAAGAAAAAAACAGCAACUCUGAAAGCUCCGAGCUAGACAAGGACUAUAAAACGUCUCUGAUUACUCUGAAUGUCGGUGGUUAUCUAUAUAUCACACAAAAACAGACACUAACCAAGUAUCCAGAUUCUUUUCUGGAGGGGAUCAUAAAUGGAAGAAUAAUGUGCCCAUUUGAUGCAGAUGGUCAUUAUUUCAUAGACAGAGAUGGACUCCUUUUCAGACACAUCCUCAACUUCCUACGGAACGGAGAACUUCUUCUACCAGAGGGGUUUCGAGAAAAUCAACUUUUGGCACAAGAAGCUGAAUUUUUCCAGCUUAAGGUACUCUCAGAGGCAGUGAAAUCAAGGUGGGAGAAGGAACAGCUGGCAUCUCGAGAGACUACUUUCCUGGAAAUAACUGACAGCCACGACCGUUCACAAGGACUUAGAAUCUUUUGUAAUGCUCCUGAAUUCAUUGCAAAAAUAAAAUCCAGAAUUGUACUGGUAUCCAAAAGCAGGCUGGAUGGAUUUCCAGAGGAGUUCUCAGUAUCUUCAAAUAUCAUUCAAUUCAAGUACUUCAUAAAGUCUGAAAACGGUACACGAUUGGUACUGAAGGAGGACAACACCUUUGUCUGCACCCUGGAAACUCUUAAAUUUGAGGCUAUAAUGACAGCUUUAAAAUGUGGAUUUAGACUGCUGACCAGUCUGGAUUGUUCAAGAGGGUCGAUUGUUCACAGUGAUGCACUGCAUUUUAUCAAGUAAUCACAAAGGCAAAGGAAACGAGCACGCAGCCAGUAAACCUCCUUGAGCUGCAGCCUCCUGGCAUCACAAAUAAUGCAUCUAACUAGCCCUGUACCACAGAGCUCAGCUGCUAAUCAACUGAUGUGAGCUAAUGGUAUGUAAAUCUCAUAAUGACAUCUAUCUCUGGCUUACUUAAGCUGAAUGAAAAUUUUAUGCCUGAAUUUAACAAGAAUUAUCUGCUAACAUUGUAAACACAGAUGGAAUGCUUUAUGCUCUUUGUAAUAUGUUUUCUCAAUGCUGUCUUUCAACCAGAGAGUCUAGCUGAAUAUUUGUGUACCUGUGUGAUGAACGUGCAUAUACCUUAACUGCCCUGCUGAACAGCAGUGAGAGUAUUUUCAUAUAAUAAGCAGGCUUAAAGUAUGUUUUGCUUAUAACAAAUUCAGAAUGGAUUUUAACUGGAAUAAAUGAUUUUGACUGUUCGUUACUGUUCAUGGUAAUCUAUUGUACUGAAUUUACAAAAAACAAGAUUGCAAGAGAGUUUAAAAUAACCAACUUAAAAAUUAAGUUAAAUGGUUUUUCAACUCACUUCACCCCAAAUUUAUACCAUAUUGCUACACUAAUAGCAAUUGCCAGAAACACAUAAGCCAACAAAAUAAUGCUGGGGGAGAUUUAAUUUUAUUUUAGGAAUUGGGUCCAAUCUGAAUGUUAAAUUUUCUAAUCAUACAUACAUCUCAAAUAGGUAACAAAAGUAUUUGACACUAAGUUUAGCAUAACAGGUUUCCAGUUAUGACAUCCUACAAUGCCACAAUCAGUACUUCCUAGCAAUCAUUUGUGCUCGUAAGGACAGGCAAUGAACAGAGCCCUUGCUUUGCACAGUGGCUUACUAAUGCAAUGAGUACUAUCAGUUCUGAACAGACCACCUGCUGGCAUUAAAGACAAUUUACUCUAAGUAAUGGAAUAAAUACCUUCAUUCUCCUCAUCUCCACUAUUUAUCAAAUCUUUUCAUUUAUAUUUUAAACAAAGUUUUAACAGUUUCUAUAGAACAACUGUAACUGAUUUAAAUACAAGUAUUACAAACCAGCCACUUCACAAAAGCAAACUGAAAAAUCAUCACAAAAGGCAAGAAGAAGCAGCACUAACUCUGAGCUUUGUUUGACACUGAAACCAAUCAACAUUCACAGCUCACAUGAACCCAAAAUUCAAGUAAAAUGUUUAUAAAGAAGAAAACCAACUAAAUAGUUCUCCCAAAACAUAGAAUUUGUGCAGGAAAUAAUGUCAACAAAAGGCAGUACAAUCCAUACUAGAAGUGACAGCCAAGGA